CCGCCAGCCGUCUGCGCUGCGGGCCCGCCCACUCGCUUGCCAGCUCCAGCCCCGCCCGCGGAGUGGGCUUCUUUCUCUCGGUUCGGGGCAGUGCAACUGCUGGGGGCGCACGACCAGGGCUCAGGGCCUUGGGGGGCGGCCCAUGGAGUCGGGGCUGCUGCGGCCAGCGCCAGUGAGCGAGGUCAUCGUCCUGCAUUAUAACUACACCGGCAAGCUCCGCGGUGCGCGUUACCAGCCUGGAGCAGGGCUGCGCGCCGACGCCGUCGUGUGCCUGGCAGUGUGCGCACUCAUCGUGCUGGAGAACUUGGCGGUGCUGUUCGUGCUAGGGCGCCACCCGCGCUUCCAUGCGCCCAUGUUCCUGCUCCUGGGCAGCCUCACGUUGUCAGACCUGCUGGCCGGCGCGGCCUACGCAGCCAACAUCCUGCUGUCAGGACCGCUCACGCUGCGCCUGUCGCCAGCGCUCUGGUUCGCACGUGAGGGUGGCGUCUUCGUGGCGCUCUCCGCGUCGGUACUGAGCCUCCUGGCCAUCGCGCUUGAGCGCCGACUCACCAUGGCGCGCCGGGGACCUGCACCGGCUGCCGGUCGGGGUCGCACGCUGGCGCUGGCAGCCGCCGCCUGGGGGGUAUCGCUGUUCCUCGGGCUACUGCCCGCGAUGGGCUGGAAUUGUCUGGGCCGUCUGGACACCUGCUCCACCGUCCUGCCGCUCUACGCCAAGGCCUACGUGCUCUUCUGCGUGCUGGCCUUCCUGGGCAUCCUGGCUGCCAUCUGUGCACUAUACGCGCGCAUCUACUGCCAGGUGCGCGCCAACGCGCAACGCCUUCGGGUCCGCCCUGCGGCUGGCGGGGGCUCCUCCACCCGCGCGCGCCGCACGCCUCGCUCACUGGCGCUGUUGCGCACGCUCAGCGUGGUGCUCCUGGCCUUCGUGGCGUGUUGGGGCCCCCUCUUCUUGCUGCUUUUGCUCGACGUGGCGUGCCCAGCGCGUGCCUGCCCCGUGCUCCUGCAGGCCGACCCCUUCCUGGGCCUGGCCAUGGCCAAUUCGCUUCUGAACCCCAUCAUCUACACGCUCACCAACCAUGACCUGCGCCACGCGCUCCUGCGCCUCAUCUGCUGCGGCCGUCGCCCCUGCGGCCGAGGCUCGGGCGCCUCCCUGCGGUCUGGGAGCGAGGCUGGGGCUUCGGACGGCCUGAACCGCUGGCUGCCACCCGGCCUGGACGGCAGCUCCAGCCGCUCCGAGCGCUCGUCGCCCCAGCGGGAUGGACUAGACACCAGCGGCUCCACGGGCGGCCCCGGCAUGCCCACAGCUGCCCGGACCCUGGUACCCGCUGCGGUCGCGGACUGAUGUCCUUCCGAAGCCUGCCAUUGCCCUGCCUAAGAGCUGUUUUGCAGACUUUUCCUCUUUAGACCAAGUACUUUGUAGGAAAAGCAACGUAAGAUAGUGGAGGCCGAAGAGACGCAGGAAAAUGUGUUUAAUCGACUCUAAAACUCCACGGCAGGGAAUAACACAAAAAAACUGUCUUUAUGGAACUGACCUUCUGGCAGGGACACUGGCAGUAAUGAAGAGAUAAUGGAAAUAAAUUCAGUGACAAUACAGUGAUGUAAUGGUAGUCGGGGGAUACUUUUGGACAGGUGAUGAUAGGUGAUGUGCGCUAUGUCAUUGUCCUGGGAAUACGUGAAGGAGGAGCAUUUCAAGUUGAGGGAUCAGCAGGUGCAAAGGCCCUGAGGCUGGAGGGUGCCUGUGUGUUCUUUGAAAAGCAAGGAUCCUGGUGUGGCUGGAGUGGCAUAAGAGGGAGGAAACAAAGGCAGGGAAAUGAUGGGGCAGAUGGGGCAGGACCUUGUGGACCCAGGGGAGGACUUUGCUUUUGCCUUGAGUGAGGUGGGAGUCAUGGAGGGAUCCAGGCAGAGGAGGGAUUUGACCUGGUUCAGAUAUUCACAGAUCGUGGUGGGGGAAGGAAGGUGGAAGUUAGAACAAGGUGAAGGGGACUGUACUGGCCCAGGGGGGUGAUAAUGGGAACUCAAACCAUGUGGAUUCUGGGUAAAUUUUGAAGACAGCAGACAGAAUUACCAAGGAAUCAAGUGUGGAAGAGAGAGAAAGAAAGAGGAAUCAAAGACAACUCUCCAGUUCAGAGGAGAGGAUGCCAAAAACAGGGCACCCUAAAAUUGGACUCUGGGAGACUCAGCCAAUUCCUAUCUGAAACAAGAUUUCUUUGAGUAUGGGGUCAGAUCUUUCAUAAAAAAUAAAAAUAAUAAAGUAAUAAGAACAAUUACAACUUAUUGUGCCUGGCUAGUCACCCCUGCAGUUGUUAAGCCCAAGUCAUUUUUCUCAUGCUCACUGCAACCUUGCAAGGUAGGUUUCCUCAGCACCGUUUAACAGAUGAAGACACUCCAAGCAGUGAGUACCUUGUCCCAGUGUGACUAAAUCAGGCCUUCAGGCGCCCAGGCGGGAGGAGGUACAGACCUGGUGCCUUCCAGAGGGGGCUAGCAAGGCCAGACACUUCCUCCCUCAGGGGUCUGUAUUCUUGGCCGGGGAUUCUACCAGGGCCUGUCUGUGCCCAUAAAAGGCUCCAGGAGCGCUGGCCACAGCCCCCGGCUGUCCCAGGCGCAUUCCUGACCCCUGUGCUGAGGGGUCGGCGUGGGGGAGGGGCGGGGGGCUUCAAAUUCAGACUGCAGCGCGCCACCUGCUGGGAGGCUGGGAACUGCAGGCAGCCGCAAGGAGCAGUGUGUUUUGGGGGCCACUGACCCAGCCUGGGGUCCGGAGUCUCCGCCGACCACGCUCAGGCCGUCUCUGCAAGCCAACGCAGGGAAACCAUCCUAUUUCCUCGGACACACACUCAAGCCUGGGGUCAUGGUCCCAGGACACUCCAAGGACCAGACCCAAUGCCCCACUGCCAUCUGGCACCCUUAACCCCAGGGUCCUUUAAUCUUCCAAGGGAAGGUGAAGUUCAUCCAUUGUUCAGGUGUUUGAUGGUGUGAUGGUAGAUUUAUUCACUUGUUCACACUUUACAAAAUUCAAAAAAACACCAGUUCUCCUUUUGUAUGUGAUCACUGGGGAGAUUCCUGGGAAAUUUCCAGAGCUAUUCUACAAAUAAAUGAGCUGAAAGCUAAACACA